AAAUAUUGUUGCUAUGUUUAGUAUAUGUCCACCUAGAUAUGAGUUUGUUAUUGUGUUGGAUUAACAUUCCAAAUACACUUAAACUAGAGAAAAAUCCACAUCUACAUACUUUAUUGGGGAAAUAUGUAAAAAGAAACGAAAAUUAUGUAUACCUCGCCAAAAAAUGACGGAUUAGAAAGACUGUAGAGAGCAAGUGAGGGACUUUUUAGAAUAUUUUGGUGCAAGUUCGAACGGCGGCCAUUGUUAUUGUGAGCAAAAUGGCGCCAGAUAGAUGGAGCCGAGAGACGCUGAUUUGAACCCUCCACUGAGCAAGCUCACGCACCUGCUGCAUCCCAAAGAUACACGCUAAGCAACCAAACCAGCACCAUGGCGUCCGAGGAGAAGAUCCUGCAGGUGGGGGAGGCGCAGGAGACCCCCCAGGCCAUCACCAUCACCAUCGUGGACCCGUCAACACUGGGCAGCACCUCCCUCGAUCCCUCCUUGGUGGCAUCGGUGGAGGCCCAGGGCGGCGCGGACCCAGGCAGCAUAGUGAUGGUGUCUGGUGGCGGAGACUCGAAGGGCAUCCUGCAGACAGUCACGGAAACACACAUGGGAACAGAGGAGUUGCCAAUUAUCUCCAAUAUCUCCAACCCUGAGGAGGAGGAUGAGGAAGAGGAGGAGACGAUAGUACAUGAAACUAAACUGUCGGAGAGUUUUGAUGGAGGGGGAGACGAAGGGGAGCUCGGGGAGUCAUUCGAGGAGGCUGAGGAAGCUGUUGGGCCUCACUGCCUGGUGUGUAAUAUAGAUCUGACCUCCAAUGAUGUUGACGAGCAGGUCCCAGUGUUCAAGACGCAGACGUCCACCACACAAAGGAGGGUUGCUGUCUUCCUCUCCGGCCUUAUUGGACAGAAGCUGACGUCACGCAAGGCCCACAGUGACAUCCUGUGUCGGCGGUGCUUCAGUCUCCUGGACCGCGUGGAUUCCCUGGAGGUGGAGAUCCGGGAAACAAAGGAGGAGAUUGUAAAUAAGUAUCAGGAGACUGUGUCAUCGUACGGAGGGCGAGCAAGAAGAAGAAAACCUGCCACAGCAAAAAAUCCUGACUAUGUGUUCCCCAAGGUUGAGCCGGAGGAUGAAGCCGACCAGUUGCUGGACAUGGAACUGGAUGGGAACUUUGAGCCGCAGGUGGAGGAUCUGAUGGACGAGGACCCAAGCCUGCAGGAUGACGACUGGGAGCCAAAAUUUAAGAGGCCAAGGAUAAAGAAAGAAAGUACAAGUAUAUCUGAAACCAGUGACCCUCCAAAGAGGAAGCGGGGGCGGCCCAGAAAGGACCUGUCCAAAUCCAAGGGGAGCGAGGACGGCACACAGCGGGUGGUGCAGGAGGAAGGGGACAUCUCCCAGGUGCUGCAGGCCACGCCGCGCUUGAAGCACUUCCUCACGCCGAGCCAGGACGCUUUCAGUCGACCCUCCCUCACUUGUAACUCAUGUAGCCUUACGUUCUCCUCCACGCGCGGCCUCCUCGCGCAUCGCUGCGGCUACCAGUGCCCGGAGUGCGAUGCGGAGGAGGGGAGUGUAGGGGCCCUCACGCGGCACCUGCGGCACUGCACCCCACAGCCUCAACAAGUCAAGACAACUUCGUUUUCAUGCAAAUUUUGCAGAGUCGUGUUCGAAAGGGAGUCCCAGCUGCAGGACCACGUGGGGGAGCACACCAGCCAGUGCCUCAAGCAGUACUCGCAGCUGCUGAAGGAGCGAGGUCUGGCGGAGACGCCUCUCUCGGAGCCCCAGCCGCCCCUCAGGAAAGGCAGGCCGAGAAAGAACAGUGAUUGCCCCAAAUGUGGCCUUAUUUACAGCUCAGUGAGCGACCUCACUCGACACCUGAGACAGGCCCACCCUGACUCGCUGCCCCACGCCUGCAGGCUGUGUGACGACCGCUUCCACCUCAGGCAGGAGCUGGAGGCGCACAUCGUGCUUCACUUCCUCGGCUCCUUCAAGUGCGACUUCUGUGGGAUUCACUUUGGCCUCAAGUAUCCAUUUUUAAGACACUUGGAAGCCCAGCAUCCUGGAGACUUCCUGCUGAAGUGCGAGUUUUGUGAGUUCACCUCCGCCAGCUUCCUGGAGUACCGCCAGCACCGCCGCGAGCCUCACCAGGCGGGAGGCCACGGGGAGGUGCCGGCGGGGUGUCAACACUGUGACGAACUGGUGCCUCACGACGAGCUGGAGGAGCACACUGAGGAACACCUGUGGCAGCAGGAGCCGCGGCCCGUCACUGUGAGACCCGUGAGUGAAGGAAGCCACGCGGCGGGCAGACGGCGCGGCAGAUCGGGCAAGAAGUGGCCGCACUGCCCUGAGUGUGACAUCACUUUCUCCAGCGCGGCGGCUCUGUCGCGCCACAACCACCAGCAGCACCCACACAAAUACUCCAAGCAGUGUGACGUGUGUGGCCACAGGUUCAAGGGGCAGCGCGCCCUUGAGUUGCACCGGGAGGGGCACCAGAGGGGCAGGUGCUGGUGUCCCGUGUGCAAACUGAGGUUCAAUCAGCGGCAACACGUGGAGCAGCACUUCCUGCGCGCCCACGCUGAUGUGACGGCCAUUGAGUGUGAGUACUGCGAUGCGCGCCUGGCCUCGUACAGGAAGUACCUGUACCACUGCCGCACCGCGCAUGCCGAGCUGCUGGAGGACCGUGCCGAGCUGAAGUGCGAGUACUGUGACGAAUGUCUGCCCAACCACGUGCUGCUCAACCAGCACAUGGCGCGUCGCCACGGACACAACCACCAGAACGCCCCCAAGAACAUGUGUCCCGUGUGCAAGAAGUACUUCGUGCAUGUGGACGUGCACAUGAACAUACACACCCGCGCCGUGCAGUUCCCGUGCGAGGAGUGCGGCGAGGUGUUCUUCAUGCAUUCCAGCCUGCUGGGCCACCGCAAGGUGCGCCACGACCACAACGCCAAGACGCACCUGUGUAACACCUGCGGCAAGAAGUUCAUCAGUAGCUCUCUCCUGCGUUACCACCACGAGCAAGUACACCUGCACAAGCGUCAGCACUGCUGCGAGUACUGCGGCAGCGCCUACAAGAGCAAGUCAGCACUCAACUACCACCUGAAGGCACACACGGGGGAGCGCCCCUACAAGUGUGAGGAGUGCGGCAUGGGCUUCCACCGCCCCUCUACCCUCAAGACUCACAUGGAGGGCACGCACCACCGCCCGUACCAGCACCUGUACCGCAAGCCACACCGGCGGGCGGGGGCUGGGGUGGUGGCGGAGGGGAAGGAGGAGGAGGCUGCGGCGGGGAGGAGUAGGCAGGACGUUCCCUCUGACAUAGUGGAAAUCGAUGUCGCGAAAUCCGUCAUUAUAGGCGAUGAGGUCGGCAUAGAGAUGAGCUUGGCGAAGGAUGGGAAGAGAGUGCAGGGCGAGGAGGACGUGGCCGAGAUGGUGACCGUGGUGGAGGGACUCAGGGACCUGUCCAGCCUGUACGAGGAGGACGGCCACCAAAACGUCUAUGUCAUACAGGCUCUCGAGGACUCCUAGCCGCCCCUGCCAUGCCUCCCGCAGCAUCCUUAGAGGGGAUCGUGUGACGCGUGGAAUUAAGGUUGCAUGUUAGAUCCUGAAGCGUGGCAGUUAUUAGCUCUAUAUGACCGUGAUAAUUGUGUGUGUGUUUGUGUGUGCGUGGGUGGGAGGGGUGCACAUGUACGUACAAAACAAACCAAAUGAAAAGGAAUAUGACAGCAAUUUCAUAUUUUCAUUGACACCAUCACUAUCAUCAUACCAUUCUCAUCAUCACAAAUAUUCAUUCCACUCGUAUUGCUUUCAUAAAUCAAUAAAAUACUAGUGAUUAAUGAAUAAAGGAGAAACACAAAUG